CAUUGUGCUGUGACCUUGGUUGCUGUUAUCCUCAAAACCAGCGCCAAACCAGUUUCCCUUGCUUGGGUGUCACAUGCCUUCCUGAACAAAUACAGUUGCAUGGCCCAGUGUGUUGGCCCCAUUGCAGACGUGACAGUACAGACAAGUUAAAUAGUUAAGCAGCUGUGAGGAUAUGUAUGCUGUGGCUUUAAAUCUGUAACAGGAAGCUAGGCAAGGGAGCAGGGCUGGGUAAGAUUCUAAGUAGAAAUUCAGCAGGGAAGCAGAGAGAGAGAAUGGCUUUAGGGAUAAUACUGUUUUCCUUGUUCUAAUAAAGUUCCUUGUUCAGCGUUGGGAGAAAUCAACUCUCUCUCUGAUUGGUUACCACUGUCACAUGCCAGUUCCUUGUUCAGUGUUGGAAGAAAGGACUCUCUCUCUCUCUCCUUUACCACUGUCACAUGAUGAGGGUUGCUGCUGCAGCUGCCUGUUUUCUUCCCAGGAGCCUAGACUGAGCAACUGCUGCUUCCCUCCUCUCCUCUCUACACUAUCUGCCUUAUUUAAAGAACCUUCUGUUACUAGCCAUGCUGGGGACUGUCUCCGACUGUAACUAGCCUCCUAGGGGAAGCUCCGGACUCUGCAAACACUAACUCCUGAGAUGGAAAUUCCAGGAUUUCCCAUUCCCAAACAAGACAUGAUCUCCAGCCGGGAAUGAGAGGAAGAGCUGCGGGUCCCCACUCUCCAGAGCUACGAUGAAAAGGAGAUGCUGAGUGGCACCUGCGCAGGUGAUAGGAUUAUGAGUGAAAAUGAGGAGCAUGCCCACCAGGAAGGUCCUGAGUUCAUGGAACCAUGUGGCACAUUAUCUGGACUAUCUCAAAAGAAUAUUUCCCAGAGUCCUGAGCAGAGCAAAGCCUGUGAGGGUCAGCACAAAUCAGAAAGGCAUCAGACAACUGCUCCAGAGAAGAGGCAAGGUAAAUCAACUGCUUGUGAAAGAGGUUUCAGGAAACUGCCAGACAUUGACCAGCUGGGAAACCCCACUAUGGGGAGAUCAACAAUAUGUGGUGACUGUGGGAAAAGCUUCAGGGUGAGCUCAAACUUCAGACAGCAUCAGAGAAUCCACACUGGAGAGAAACCCUUUGGAUGUGCCGAGUGUGGGGAAAGCUUCCGGCAGCGCUCACACCUUAUUCAGCAUCAGACAAAGCACACGGGGGAGAGACCUUAUGAAUGUACCGAGUGUGGGAAAAGUUUCACUGUGAGCUCAAACCUUAUUCGGCAUCAGAUAAUCCACACUGGAGAGAAACCCUAUAAAUGUGCCGAAUGCAGGAAGAGCUUUAGUGGGAACUCACAGCUUAUCCAGCACCAGAGAAUCCACACGGGUGAGAAACCCUAUGAAUGCGGUGACUGUGGGAAGAGCUUCAGUGUGAGCUCAGCCCUUACUCGUCAUCAGCGAACCCACACUGGAGAGAAACCUUAUGAAUGCGCUGAGUGUGGGAAAAGCUUCAGUCAGAGCUCAGACCUUAUGAAACAUCAGAGAAUUCACACAGGAGAGAGGCCCUACGAAUGCACUGACUGUGGAAAGAGCUUCUGUGUGAGCUCUCAUCUUAUUCAGCAUCAGAGAAUCCACACAGGAGAGCGACCCUAUGAGUGUGCCAAUUGUGGAAAAAGCUUCAGUCAGAGCUCAGACCUUAUGAAACAUCAGAGGAUCCAUACAGGAGAGAGACCGUAUGAAUGUGCUGAGUGUGGAAAGAGCUUUAGCUGGAGCUCAGCACUUAUCAAACAUAGCAGAAUCCACACAGGGGAGAGACCCUAUGAAUGCGAAGGGUGUGGGAAAAGCUUCAGUCAGAGCUCGCACCUUGUUCAGCAUCAGAGAAUCCACAUGGGAGGGAAUCCAAUAAUGUGUGAUGACUGUGGGAAAAGCUUCAGGGUGAGUUCAAACCUCAGACAGCACCAGAGAAUCCACACUGGAGAGAAACCCUUUGGAUGUGCCGAGUGUGGGGAAAAUUUCCGACAACGAUCACACCUUAUUCAGCAUCAAAGAAUCCACACAGGGGAGAGACCCUAUGAAUGUUCUGAAUGUGGGAAAAGCUUCAGUAUGAGUUCAAAACUCAUUCGGCAUCAGAUAAUCCACACAGGAGAAAAACCCUAUAAAUGUGCCGAAUGUGGUAAGAGCUUUAGUGGGAACUGGCAGCUAAUCCAGCAUCAGAGAAUCCACACAGGAGAGAGACCCUACGAAUGUGGUGACUGUGGGAAGACUUUCAGUGUGAGCUCAGCCCUUACUCGUCAUCAGAGAACCCACACUGGAGAGAAGCCUUAUGAAUGUGCCGAGUGCAGGAAAACCUUCAGUCAGAGCUCAGAGCUUAUGAAACAUCAAAGAGUCCACACAGGCGAGAAGCCCUAUGAGUGUGCUGAGUGUGGGAAGAGCUUCAGUGUGAGCUCUGCCCUCAUUCAGCAUCAGAGAUUCCACAUGGGGGAAAGACCUUAUGAAUGUGCUGAGUGUGGGAAAAGCUUCACAGUGAGCUCACACCUCAUUCAGCACCGGCGAUUCCACACAGGGGAAAGGCCCUAUGAAUGUGCUGACUGUGGGAAAAGCUUCCUUUGGAGAUCAGCCCUUCUUCGACAUCGGAGAAUCCACACAGGAGAGAGACCCUAUGAAUGCACUGAAUGUGGGGAAAGCUUCCGUCAGAGUGCACAUCUUAUCCAGCAUCGCCGAAUCCACACUGGGGAGAAACCCUAUGAAUGUGCCAACUGUGGGAAAGGCUUCACUGUGAGCUCUGCCCUUAUUCGACAUCAGAGAAUCCACAUUGGGCAAAAGAUAUACAUAUGUGAUGACUGUGGGAAAAGCUUCCGGCUGAGAUCAAACUUCAGACAGCAUCAAAGGAUUCACACUGGAGAGAAACCCUUUGGAUGUGCUGAGUGUGGGGAAAGCUUCCGGCAGCGCUCACAUCUUAUUCAGCAUAAGACAAAGCACACGGGGGAGAGACCCUAUGAAUGUACCGAGUGUGGGAAAAGCUUCAGUAUGAGCUCAAAACUCAUUCGGCAUCAGAUAAUCCACACAGGAGAAAAACCCUAUAAAUGUGGUGAGUGUGGCAAGAGCUUCAUUGGGAACUCACAGCUUAUCCUGCACCAGAGAGUCCACACGGGUGAGAGACCCUACAAAUGUGGUGACUGUGGGAAGAGCUUCAGUGUGAGCUCAGCCCUUACUCAACAUCAGAGAACCCAUACUGGAGAGAAACCUUAUGAAUGCGCUGAGUGUGGGGAAAGCUUCCGGCAGCGCUCGCACCUCAUUCAGCAUCAGAGAAUUCAUACGGGUGAGAGACCCUAUGAGUGUUCCGAGUGUGGGAAGAGCUUCAGUGUGAGCUCUGCCCUCAUUCAGCAUCAGAGAUUUCACACGGGGGAAAGACCUUAUGAGUGUGCUGAGUGUGGGAAAAGCUUCACAGUGAGCUCACACCUGAUACAGCACCGGAGAGUUCAUACAGGGGAAAAGCCCUAUGAAUGUGCUGACUGUGGGAAAGGCUUCCUUUGGAGAUCAGCCCUUCUCCGACAUCAGAGAAUCCACACAGGACAGAAACCCUAUGAGUGUACUGAGUGUGGUGAAAGCUUCCGUCAGAGCGCGCAUCUUAUUCAGCAUCAGAGAAUCCACACUGGGGAGAGACCCUAUGAAUGUGUCGACUGUGGAAAGGGCUUCACUGUGAGCUCUGCCCUCAUUCGACAUCAGAGAAUCCACAUGGGAGGGAAACCCUAAAAAUGGGCUGAAAGCUUCAUGUCAGAUAUCCCUCCAGAGUCUCCCAAUGGAUAGUAGCCAGGCAUGUUUCUUGCUUUGAGUCCAUAAGGCUCUUCUCUUUUCACAGAGAAUGAAAACUGCCUUGCUGAGGAUGGUCAAGUUAAACAAAGAGGAAAUGUUGGUGUAGAGAGAUGAGUCAUAUAGGGGCCUGAGGUGUGGAGAGGAAUGUAUGGUGGGAGCCAGAGACCAGGAGGUGCUGUGGGCAGCAGGAGGAUGGAGCAUUUGGAGAUAAAAGGGAAGCUGGUGGUAUAAUUGGAGAGAAGUCAUGUUGUGAAGGUUGUCAAUAAACAUACAUUUAAGAGAAAAGAUAAAAUUGCCCUUUCCCCUAUGCCCAGGAUGGGCUUUAGACAAUUUAUAGUGAGAUUUUCACAGUCAAAUGGGGCUUUUGGUGUAUUUCAGGACUCAUUGCUAUGUAAUAUCAAGAUGAGUGGGAUAGGAGUAGGGCUGUUUUAUUUCUGGCUCUGCUAGGGAUUGUUUUCUAGUGGUUUAGAGAAGGAGGUGGAGAGUCAGGGCUCUUGGGUUCUACUUCCAACUCUGUCAUUGAUUUUUUUUUCUGUGACCUUAGCUCACUUCACCUUGCUGUACCUAGGUUUUCCUGUCUGUAAAACUGAGAUAAUAUUAAUCACCUACGUCACAGGGAGAUUGUACUAGUUAAUAUCUAUAUUACAGUAGUGCCCAUAGGCCCCAAUGACAGUCAUGGCCUCAUUGUAUUAGGUGCUGCACGAACAGGAUUACAUGGUUCCUGUCUGGAAGAGUUUACAGUUUAAAAAAACAGCUUAUUUUUUGGGAUUCUCUUGUACCUGUUACUAACUUGGAAUAUUAACAGAGUUAUGGGAUUAAGGAUUCUUUUAGUUUUUCCUCUGAGUGUGGUUACUGCUGCAUCUGGAAAUGCUACAGCCUAUGAGUUUAAUUCUCGUUUCAAAAAACAUCAUCUUCAUUAUUUUUUAAAUUGCUUAAAAAUCCAUGUCUCCUCCAGUUGCCUGGAAAUUUUCUCACUGUCAAGAAGUAUGUCAAAAAGAUCCCAAAAUAGGGUUAGCAUAAAUCACUAUAUCCAGCCCAUUUACAAAUGCUUGUGAACACCAGGAAUCGGGUACGUGGAAACACAAGGGAUCAUUCAGGUUCUGGCUGUAUUAAAGAAAUUGCAUCAAUAUAAUAACUGUAGAUGUGCUGCACAGCACAAAUUGGGGCUGUCAUCAGAGCAGCUCAGUCUGGUAACAUAGAUAUAGUGACACCGGUGCAAAUUUCCUUAUUGUAUACAGGGUCUUAGAACUGGCAUGGCUCCUUCCUGAGAGACUGGUUAUGUGGACACUUCAGCUGGAGACAGCGUACCCUGUCUUCUUCUUUCUGGAGUGUCUUCAGCACUAUUCUUCUCUCUGUGGCUUCCAUUUAUCUUUAAGAAUUUAGCAAAUUUUCUUUGUUUAAACUGAACAGCCAGAGCUUGUUUUCAGAUGUUCCGGCCAGACUCCAUCUCAGGCUUUUGGCUCCCAUCAGAUGUCCGGAUUUUGUCUUGUAGUACUUUUUGGAAUCCCUCAAUUUCCUGUUCUGUCCCUUUCUCUGGAUUAACCCCCCCCCCCCCCCAAAGCAUACUCCACUGGCCUAUUUUCUCUCAAAGGCCCCCCCUUGGAGGUUUUGGGUCCAUAAAACUCAAGCACCAAUGACAGACCACUUGUGAUCAUCUGAAUAUUGUCUGCUAAUUGAAGUUAUAAGAUUCCACUGUAUGGUGUUAUUAACACGUUCCAAACUGAGGCUGGCAAACAGGUCUGUCUCAAACAAAGGAAUGUGUGCUCUGCUUAAUUUGUAUUUAUAUCUGUGUAGAGGUGUAUGUACAUUGUUUGUGAACUUCAAGUUGAACAUGUAGUUAACAGUUCACUCCCCAUCCAGGGUAUGUGACUUGGCCAGAGAGCCAAACCACAGAAGACCCAGAGAGGGAGUCAGGAGAAAGCGCUGGCUUGCACUGGCCCUCGCAGAGCCAAGGAAGUGGCCACAAAGGUGGGUAUGAGUGACAAGGAUCCCUUGCAGCAUCACACCCUGACUUCCUCUCUGGGUUUCCUUUGGGUUGGCCCUCUAUGCAAAUCACAUUAUGGUAAUGAUAGCUCUAGCAUGCGUGGGCCGGGUCCUCUUUGGUAGAGCUGUCUUACAAUGGUUGUUUCAAUAGACUCCGAGCACCCAUCUCUGGAAUGGGAGGUCACUGCUUGUGAGUCACCAGAAGGGAAUACAUGUAGAUGACAUAUCUUGAACAACCACAGUUGCUGUAGAGUAAGUUACCAUUCUUUUCUCUUUGCCCUGGGCAGCCCUAAUUUGCCAUGUGGCCCCAAAUCAGGGAGCUACAAAUGGUUCCAUGGUCCCCUCUUUUCAUUCCGUCCAAGUGCAAUUCAGGUAGAGUGAAGAAUCUAGGUCCAAGUGUCUAGCUUAUCUACUACAGCUACCCAUUGCCCAAAAGUGCUCCAUAAAUUCUGUCCUGAUCCACUGACUGGCAUAGUGAUUCUCAGGCCUUUUUGACCAUGCAUGUGGAACACUUAAAAAAAAUUACCUUUGAACAGAAAUGGUAUUUCAACCUUAAUUCUGCUGCAGCUGUGAAGCUGCUCCAUAACCUACAAACUGUAUCCAGUGCUACUCUCCAACCAAACCAUCUAUGCAGAUGAAGUGGUAUCUAACCUGUAACACAGACAUACCCAGGCAGGUAUAUUACCCCUGUGUCUCACCAUCUUCUUAAUAUUUCACCAAAGGGGGUUAUGUCUGGUCUCUGCCAAAAGCUAAGAACUAGCUGAUUGUUAUGGUUAUUGUGAGAUGUUUGUACAGGAAAAUAGUUUUAGAGUUAUGUAACAUGCAGAAUAUGAUGUUCCAAAACUGUUGGAAGUGAAACUUGUCAUCUGAGGCAGGGAGUCUGAGUGUUGACUCCGUCAACAUUGAAAACAAUUGACGUGGAGCCAGCCCGAGUCCCGUGUUUGCUGUCUGGUUCAGGUGUAGGCUUGCGCAUUUACAAAGACAAAAGAGCCGCAAGAAAAGUCUCUGACUAGGGAACCCCCUGCUGUAAGAGACAAUAGUCUGUAACUGUGUAAGAGAAGAGGAAAGGGCACAAGAUGGUAUCCAUCAUAGAGGUGAUAUUCAGCCAGUGAGAAUGUCUCAUGAAAAGUGAAUCCCAGCUCUUUGGACUACACAAGUGCUGUAAGGACUGACCAUUGGGUGAGAAAUACCUUAUUAGACAGGAAAAUAACUUAAUAGGUAUAGGCUGUAGGUUCAUAGAACAAUAGGGUUAGAAGGAACUUCAAGGGUCAUCUAGUCUAAUCCCCUGCCAAGAUGCAGGAUUUGUUGUGUCUAUACCAUCCAAGACAGAUGGCUGUCCAGCCUCCUUUUGAAAACCUCCAGUGAAGAAGCUUCCACAAUCUCCCUAGGCAGGAAGUUUUAUAUUUUUUUAACCUGUAACCUUAUGUUUCCAAAUCCUUUAACUUGCCUUAGUUGAAUCCUUACUCAACCUUUGUUAAAUAAACGUCAGUUUGGUUUUACUGUAGCUAUGUCUGAGUGCCUUGUGCCAAUGAGAAUGCUGAACUGAAGUGAAGCCACUAAACUGGAGUGCAUGGCUUCCUCGGAGUCAGCAGAUGUCCAGAAGACAAUGGACGGGGCACUCAAGUAUAGCAAGGUAGAGUGUGCUAAUUGGUAGUCUUCAGAGGGAGAGAGUGGGGGCCGCAGAGCAGUUGUGUUUCCAGCACCCAGUGGUUAGGUAGAGUUUCCCCUGGUGGGCACAGACAAGGCUCCCUCCUGCUGUGAAUGGGUGGUAGUGAUUUACCCCAAAAGUGUCACAUACACCUAAUAUAUCUCUUCACCUCUACCCAGCUCCUAGUCUUGGGGAGGUGUUUUAUUUUUAUUUUUUUAUUUCAGUUUAUAACAAUAUUUUGAAAGCCAUCUAUGAUGCAAAUUAUCAAACUAGGAAAUCACCUGUAAACUAAUGGGUUAAAUCUCUGCAUGCUGGAAGCAAAGCUCCAAAUGAGGCAGUCAGAGCCGACUGAGUGGAUAUUAUAGCAACUGGCUUGUCUUGCCUCCUGGGUUGCACUGGCUUAUUACUGGGCACUAGCCUCCUGGAGGUCUGAGUUGCCAUGCUUGGAGACUCUGGCUGUCCUGCGAGUCAUUACUUCCUGGAAGGACCUGGCCCUCUACAGCACAUUUGUUUCUUGAGAUGCACUAUCAUAAUUGCUGCAAGAGUAUAGAGCUGUCUGGCUGAAGAACUACUGCUGCACUGUAAAAGCCACAGAAACAUUUUAGAGGCUCAUAAGUCACAAAGAUUCGUGUAUGGCAGAUUCAAUUUCAGGCAUUAAAUGCCUUGUAAAAAGAAGUAAAUUGAAAAUACAGGUCUGUAGCUGACAUAAAUGAUUUCUUAUAAACAAGCAGUAAUCAUAAUUCAUCCAUUCACUGUAAACUCAAUCCUGUCAGUAAAGCAGGAGUCAAAACUAAAUGCAUCAGGGAUCUUGGUAGGAUUUAUCAAAUGAAGAUCUCAAUCCCUUUUGUUUCAAUGGCUUUGAAUUCCCAGAUUUUUGGUCAUCUGUUAUAAAUUUCAACUUUGCCAGUAUUCCAAGCCUAUUUCUGAAUUAUUGAUUGAUUUUCAGUUUUGGUGGAAGCGGGUGCUAUUCCUGUACACAGAUGCUCAGAUUUCCUCCCAAUAAAUGCUGCCAUAUUGUCAAUGACAGACAGUAUAUAAGUAUUGCCUUCAGAGGGGAAAGUAAGCCGGUCCGGUCUGGUGUACCGGCAAGAGCCGGUACACAGCCAACCGUACCAGCAGGCGGCAGCUUCCCCAGGUGGGCAAUUUAAAAGGGCCCUGGGCUCCUGGCAGCAGCCGGAGCCCCUGGCCCUUUAAAUUGCUGCCAGAGCCCUGGGGCUCCCACCCGCUUCCGCAGCUACAGCUACCAUGGAGCUCCAGUGGUGAUUUAAAGGUCCCCUUUGAGUUCUGCCGCGCCUGCCCACAUUAUGAAUAAAAUACCAUAUGAAUGGGGGUGACUUUCUCCUAUAUGGAAUGUGCUAUAAGCUAGGAAACCAUGAGUUCUAGUCCCAGCUGUUCUGUUAAUAUAUCUGCAUAUUUCACAACUGUUUUGAGGAUAGGCAACUAUUAUGUAACUUUAGGUUUCAGAGUAACAGCCGUGUUAGUCUGUAUUCGCAAAAAGAAAAGGAGUACUUGUGGCACCUUAGAGACUAACCAGUUUCCACGGUAUGCAUCCGAUGAAGUGAGCUGUAGCUCACGAAAGCUCAUGCUCAAAUAAAUUGGUUAGUCUCUAAGGUGCCACAAGUACUCCUUUUCUUAUUAUGUAACUGUUUCAUUGUGAUGAUAACUGAGAGCUUGCACAAUGUCACUUCAGGCAGAGCUGGGAAUAAAAAACAGGUCUCUGUUAUGACAGACCCAAAUAUUUCCACUUUGCCACACUGCCUCUCAGAAUGAGCAUGCCAAAACUGUGCUUGGCUAUCUCUAACCAUUAGACUGUAGUUUUCAUAAAUUAAUAAAUCAAGGCCUGAAGGGGCAUUAUGAUCAUCUAAGUCUGACUUCUUGUAUAACACAGGCCGAAGAACCUCACCUAGUAAUCUUUGCAUCAAACUUAUAAUUUGUGUUUGAACUAGAGCUGAUGUUUUAGAAAGAAUCCACCAUGUCCCUAGGUAUGUUAUGCCAAUAGCUAAUUAACCUCUUUGUUAAAAAUGUGCACCCUAUUUCUAAUCUGAAUUUGUCCAGUUUCAGCUUCAGAAUGGAUCUCAUUCAGCCUUUUUCUGACAGAUUGUGUGGUGUAUUGAAAAUUGUCUUAAAAUUAUAACCUAUCACUUUAAAUUCUCAGGGAUUUUCCUGGUCCUGCUUCCAGGUUAGUAGUGGCUGUGACGUUGCACUCCAUAUGUUUAUGGAAAUAUGCUUAUGAGUGUGAAUAUACUGUAACUGGAGUAUGCUUUACGCAAAAGGUCUCUUUUAAGGUAUCAUUACAAAGCUUAUAAUUUACUGAAUGUGUUCAUCCUAUUUGUAUGAAUGUAUCAUUCUUGUGUCUGAAGCUAGAAAUAUGAAGUACUACUCUGAAGUCCUGUUGUAAUUAUGCAAAAUGUGGUCCAUUAAUGGUGGUUUAGAAUCUUGAUGGCUCCCAUUAACCAGGACAAUUGGUUGUAAAUGGCUCUGUUUAUUUGUAAGACUUCCUGUGUUCAUGUGAGUCAGGCUGGAAAGAAUGGAGGCUUGGGGUCUCACAGGACAUGUGCCCAUGUCACUUGGUAUUGGAAUCCAUCUUAAGCCUGGUACUUUUCCAUUUAGAAGGAGGGGUGGGGACCCAGAGAGACAAAAUAUUCCCUCCUUGUGCCAAAGCCAUAAAAGGAGGUGGACCAGAACAAAGCGGGCUGCCAGUCAUGAGAAAUCCCCUAGUUACCACCUGAGAUGGAACUAACAAGAACUGUACCAGGGGAAAGGAUUGGGCCCAGACUAGGAAGGAAUCUAGUCUGUGAAAGAAGCUUAUUGGAACAUCUCUGAGGGUGAGAUUUACCUGUAUUCAGUUUCUUAAAUGAAAUGUUUUGUUUUAUUUUUCUUGGUAACUUACUUUGUUCUGUCUGUUAUUCCUUGAAACCACUUAAAUUCUUUUUAUACUUAAUAAAAUCACUUUUGUUUAUUAUUAAACCCAGAAUAAGUGAUUAAUAGCUGCGGGAGCAAACAGCUAUGCGUAUCUCUCUCUCUGUGUUAUAGAGGGCGGACAAUUCAUGAGUUUACCCUAUAUAAGCUUUAUACAGAGUAAAACGGAUUUAUUUGGGGUUUGGAUCCCACUGGGAAUUGGGUGUC